AAUUGAAGAGGCAGCAGUACAAUGUCAAAAGAGCGCCGGAAAGACGAGAGCAGCAGCGACAGCGACGACAGCGAGGACGAUGAGCAGCGACUGCGCUUUGCUGAAGCUGCAGUCACUGCGUCUGUGCUCAAGACGCCCAGCCACCGUGCAGAUCGGAGUGGCGCAAUGGGAGCAUCAGGCUCAGUGACAGGUGGAGCGAGCAAUAGUCGCAACGGCACACUCGAUAACACGCAGUGCAUCGAUAUUGAUCGCCCAAAGCACGAUAUUCACGUUCGACUGCACCCCGCCGAGAUGCAGUUCCGAUCAGCAGCGAUUGCGACGGCAACACAGCUGCGCUUGCUGCUGCCGUCUGGUGCUGGAGCUGCACCACAACCUGUCUCUCUGCGAUCUGAAGUGUACGACCAGGAUUCGUACAACCCAGGACGCAUGUGGGCGCAGAAUGACAAGGAAUUUCACAAGCACGCGUACACUCGCCUGUCCAAGAUGCUGGACGAGACGUGCGGCGCAGCCAUCACCCCAAAUCUGUGGGAAAAGACGCUGCCGUGGUUGAAGGACCGGAAAGCGGCGGCGUCCCCCAAAGACCAGAGCAGCGAUAGCAUGAAGUUCAUUUCAGGAUUGCCCGGCGCGCCAUCCCUCACCGUUCUGCCGUACUCGUCCUUAUCUAGCAGCCUCAAGCCAGUUCCCACGCCAGAUCCUGCCAGGGCGUCUGUCAAGCGAACGCACAGCUCGCGACAUGGUAACGAUGACGAGUCUUCCGACGAAGAUGAAACGCUGACACGAAUGCGGGAAGCGGCCAUUCCAACCGAAUCCAUUCUUAGUCAAGCCAGUUUUCAAAAGCAAGCCGCAGCCGAGGCCUUCCAAAACCAAACCCUGACCGAAAAUGCACAUUCGCGUGUGGGCAACGAAAAGAAAAAGCUAAAGAAGGAGAAGAAGGAGAAAAAGGACAAAGGUGACAAGAAGGACAAGAAGGACAAGAAAGCCAAGAAGGGCGAUGUCGCUUGAACAAUUACAUUUCCAUUGUUAUUUCGUUACUCGUAUUCCAAUAACAAAACAAAAAAAAAUUGAUCAUCUC